UUUCCCAAAUAUUCCGGAUAACAUCACCACGAUUCUUACAUGGACGAUAUCUCCUCCAUCUCCGUUAUCACCCAAAAUGCAAGUCCCCACCCAAAUCCGCUCACCGGCGUUUGUCUCCACGCGCCGCCUCCUCGAACAAAAACUCUCCGACCUCCACAACUGCACUAACCCACACCACUUAACCCAACUUCACGCCCUAAUUUACAAACACAAUCUCCACCAAGACCCCUUCAUCAUCCCCAAAUUACUCACCUCUUACUCCCUCCGCCGGAACAUCUCCUCCGCCCUCAAAGUCUUCCACCAAGUCAACGACCCCAACGUCCAUCUAUUCAACACUAUGAUCAGAGCACAUAUUCACAACAAUCAGCCUGCACACGCGUUUGAUACCUUUUUCUUGAUGCAAGAUUAUGGUGUUCGUGUUGAUAAUUACACCUACCCUUUUUUAUUAAAGGGUUGUGUGGGUAAGAAUGAGUUGAAUUUGGUUAAAAUGAUACAUACCCAUGUGUUGAAACAUGGGUUUUGUGCGGAUGUUUAUGUGCCCAAUGCGUUGAUUGAUUCGUACUGUAGGUCUGGGGUGGUGGGUGUUGAGGAGGGUUGGAAGGUGUUUUGUUGGAUGGAGGGUAAGGAUGUUGUUUCUUGGAAUACUAUGGUUGGUGGAUUGUUGAAAGCGAAUCGGUUGGGGGACGCACGCCAAGUGUUUGAUGAAAUGCCUGAACGAGAUUUGGUUAGUUGGAACACGGUUUUGGAUGGGUAUGCGAAAGCGGGACGGUUGGAUGAGGCGUUUGAGUUGUUUGAGAGGAUGCCUGAGCGGAAUGUGGUGUCGUGGUCGACGAUGCUUAGUGGGUAUAGUAAGGCGGGGGAUAUGGAUAUGGCACGCAUGUUGUUCGAUAAAAUGCCGGUUAAGAAUUUGGUUUCGUGGACGAUUAUGAUCGCGGGGUAUGCGGGGAAGGGGAUGGCGAAGGAGGCGAUUGAGUUGUAUGAGCGGAUGGAGGAAGCAGGGUAUCGACCGGAUGAUGGAGCUAUUAUUAGUAUUUUAGCUGCCUGUGCGGAGUCGGGUUUGCUUUGGUUGGGUAAACUCGUUCAUCAAUCGAUUAAACGGUAUAAGUAUCAAUGUAGUACGCUAGUCGAAAACGCUUUAAUCGAUAUGUACGCGAAAUGCGGCAGCUUAAACAAGGCGUUAAACAUCUUUAAAGCGAUGCGUAAGAAAGAUUUAGUGUCGUGGAACGCGAUGAUUCACGGGUUAGCGAUGCACGGGCAUGGAAGCGAAGCGCUUGAUCUUUUUUCGAAAAUGAAACAAGAAGGAUUUAUUCCAGAUAAAGUCACAUUCGUUGGUGUGUUAUGCGCGUGUACUCAUGGCGGUUAUGUCGACGAAGGGAUACAAUACUUCUACACCAUGGAACAAGAUUACGGGGUCCCACCGGAAAUCGAACAUUACGGUUGCGUGAUCGAUCUUUUAGGCCGUGGAGGACGUCUUCAAGAAGCGUUUAGGUUAGUUAGAACCAUGCCGGUUGAACCAAACGUUAUCAUAUGGGGCGCGUUGUUGGGAGCCUGCAGACUCUAUAACGCCGUGGAACUUGCGCAGGACGUGUUGGAACACUUGGUUAAGUUAGAACCGCAAAAUGCGGGUAAUUAUUCGAUGUUGUCCAACAUAUAUGCUGCAACUGGGAACUGGGCGGGUGUUGCGGAUGUAAGGUUGAAGAUGAAAAACACGGGCAAUGAAAAACCGUCAGGGGCUAGUUUGAUUGAGUUGGAAGACGGGGUUCACGAGUUUACGGUCAAGAACGCUACGCAUCCUGCGUCGGAUAAGAUAUACCAGAUGGUUGAUGGAUUGAGUGGUCAUAUUGAGAAAGUUGAUUAUUGGCCUGAUGUGAUAUACUAAGGUAUGCUGACUUUACUGAUCUUGUUGUAUCUAUAUUCAUACCGAAUUCGUGUUCGUCGUUAGCCAUAAUCAUAAUAUACAUCUGGAUAAACAUGUUAUGAUGGGAUUCAUUAUGUAAUUACCUUUGUUAUUACUUGGUAUACAUGAAAUGUUUUGAUCCUG